CAUCCUCAAGCGAAUCAAGCAAGAGCAAGGAUGAGAGAUUCAUGGUUUAGGUGAUUGAGGUCUCAGUGAUGACCAUCUUUUCCCCUAAAGAAUAUCAUCGACAUGUAAUGAACCAGAUUUGGGUCCGUGAAAGACAAGCUGCCUGAUCGUGAGGCUUCCUUCAGUUCUCCUACCUUCAGUCCGAUCCCUGUCAUAAAGAAUCCUUCCCCCAGUUUUCAUCGACGUCUCUUUAUCCGAAUCAAGAGUACGAAGCAUUGUGCAUGCGAUGCCAUGUGUACUCCUAUACCGCAGACUGUUCAGAGAAUGAACGCUUCAUAUAGCACAAUUUACCUCGUGAAGGCUGUCUAGCGCACCAACUUAUCCACUGUCUUCUGCAUCGGACUACAAAGAUGUCUGACCCUAAUGCAACGCUCAUCGAGUGCCGCGUUGAAUACGCCCUUGGAAGUGUCAUUAUAGCUGCAAGAUUCUUCACGAGAUGGAAGACAUUGGGAUGGCGAGGCUUCUACUGGGAUGACUUCUUUGCAUUUUGGUCGUGGGUAUUCUUCACUCUCAUCUACGUUAUGGUGGAGUAUCUCAGUAUAAUGGGUGCACCAAUAGCCAUGACCCAAGAGCAGCGUGAAGCACUCCCACCAGCGAUGCGAAAGUCGAUGCGAGAGGGUGCAAAGGGCAUGUUUGCCUCGUUCUACUUCUUGAUCUUCUUAGUUUGGAGUCUGAAAGGCUCGCUCAUUAUUCUCUUUCUGCGUUUGACGAGAAGUACUAGGCUCUACCAUUAUGUUCAAGCCGUGGGCGCUAUCUCGAUUGCUGCAUGUAUAGCUGCCAUCAUCACUCAAACCACACACUGCUUGCCUUUGAAGAGAAACUGGCAAAUUCUUCCUGACCCAGGCAAAGAGUGCUCAGCUGGCAUUGUGAUUAACAUUGUCAUUGCUGUCGGGAACGUCUUAGUGGAUGCUUUGUUGCUCGUUGUUCCUUUAUGGAUGCUGAAAGAUGCAAAGAUCAGUCUAUGGCGCAAAAUUCGAGUCAUCUUCCUCCUGUCUCUCGGUCUCUUCGUUAUGGGCAUGGCUAUCGCACGCUGCAUUUUGUCCAUCGGCACCUCCGUCCAAGUGGCUCUCUCUUCAGUGUGGGCACAACGCGAAGCCAUCGUGUCCAUAUUCGCAGUGAAUGCACCCGUAAUCAACAGCCUCUUUCGAGCAGAAACAUGGGCAACAAGACACUCUUCGAGCGGCUACGUAUCCAAGGACUCCCACAGGUCGCGGACAAAUACCAGUACGUUGGGAAAGAAGAAAAAGACCGGCUUCGAGAUAUACAAGAUGACGGAUAUCGAGACCAAGAUGACGGACUUUGAGACAAGCAGCAAAGAGAGCACGUCGGAAUUGUUCAAAGAUCCAAUGCUAUCUCCAGUGCCUUCGCAGUGGAGAUGUUCAGCGCGAGGAGCAAGUCGAGAUGGUAACCCCGGACGUAUGGCUUGAAGGGAUGCGGGAAGAUACCCAUAGCCCCUGAAGCUGUCGUAACGUCCCGCUGAUUGGCGCUGUUCUCCGGCAUUUCGAUUCCUUCCGCGGAGGAGAGGGAUUGCUUGACGCGUCCGCCUAGCAUUUGGUUACAUACAGCCUACCUUUCAUAUCGCACAUCACCGCAAAUGUAAC